GGGGCCGGCCGGGCGGGGCUCUUACCAGGCGGCGCGCGCAGCCUGUGCUGGGUGACCCAGUGGCCUAAUGGAUAAGGCAUCAGCCUCCGGAGCUGGGGAUUGUGGGUUCGAGUCCCAUCUGGGUCGUGCCGUGCUUGUUUUGUGGCGCUGCCGCGGGUGACUCCGCGGGGCCACCGCCAGUCCAGGACCUCCGACUCUUUUACCCGCAGCUGCCCCGGGCCCGGCCCCGAGCCCCUUCUCUGCCCGGGCACCGCGUCCCGCCUGGGGCACCCGCGUUUCUUGCGGGGAUCCUACGAAUGGGUCCCGCUCCCCUCCGGAGAGCCACACCCAGGAUCCCUGCUCUAUGCUGAGAAACCCGGGCAGGCUCUCAGCAAGGAUGUUUUCAGUUCAGCAGCUGCUGCUGACGUUCAGGUGAAAGCGCCAGCGCGGGGCGCGGGCAGUGCCAGCGGCAGUGCCCGGCAAGGCCGGCUCCCGGGAAUGCCCCCCGCGCCCCCGCAGCAGCCCAAGCCCCCGCCGAUCCCCUCCCUCGCCUCCGACAAGAAGAAACGCGCGGAGCCUUCCCUGGAAAACAGCACAGGGCUGAGGAAGCAGCUCGGGCAGCACGGAUGGCUCCUGGCCCUGGGCAGCCCGAGCCGGGGGGCUCCUCCCGGCCCGCCGGAGCCCGGCCGGGCCAACAGGCAGCACACGGACCGGCGGCUGGCCGGGGCUGCCAACAGCGUGGGGGGCCGAGCCCUGCGCGCCGCUCCUCCCCACCCAAAGGUGAUGUCCCUGCUGGAAGCUCAUCCUUUUCCAGACUCUGGAGCAGGGGAGUCCAGUGAUGCUAACGCGCUGCACCACUUCAACCGAGCAGGGAAGGCAAUCCCCUUCAAACAGCCCGACCCCUCCAGGGGGAUCCCCAAACCCUCGUGGGUCACCAACCGCUGGUCGCCCAGCCCGAUGUACCUGGGCGUGCUGAGGAAAGACGGUGACAAAGAGAAGGUGUGUCUGACCGAGUGCAGGAAGGAGAAGGAUGAAGUGGAGGCUUUCUGUGCCAGCGAGUUUGCAGUGAAUGGGAUUGUUUAUAACCUGGAAAGCCUGGGGAAUGGAGUCCAGUGGAUCACCCUCUUGGCAGACAGUGAUGGAUUGUACAAGAUGAGUCGCCUGCAGCAGGUACAUCGUGAUGGGGCACAUCUACCACAAGCGCCGGCAGGUGCCCGCCGAGCUGCUGCCGGCCCUGCGCGGGCGGCUGCGGCCGGGCGAUGGCUGGGUCGGGAGCGGCAGCAGCUACGUGAGGAGAUUCAACAGGAAAAGGGAUCUCAGGGUGAGGGCAGCGCGCUCCAAGUGUCCUUAAGGCUCCGGGGGCUCCGUGCAGGACGUGGGAGCAGCGGGAUCCGCCCUCGGAGCACACCUGGCCGUGGGCAGCGCUCCCGCCUGGAGCCGCGGUCCAACACCCGCUUUUGUGCUUCGGCAAACACUGGGUGCCUCGAGCAGGCACCCCUGGUGAGGCUCAGCACAGAAGUCACUCUAGGGAAUGUUAACUGGCCGUGAAUUUGCUCCAGCUGCUUUCAGAGCCACAGGUUAUUGUUGAUUCCCCUGCUGCAGUGUGCCCCGAAUAAUCUGUAGUAACUGUAUUGCAAAAUUCUGGCAGUUUCGUCCUCAGUACACAACAACUGCACUUUGAACUCUUCACCUUGAACACAUUAGAUGAUACCACAGCUUUAUCUACACAGGAUGUUCACUGUGCUUUCACAGUUCUGCCUAAUGCAUUUGAUUUCAGAGAAACCAACACCACUGAGUACCAUUUGUAUUAUUUUUUCUCCUGAACCAUGUCCAUGGUAUUUCUGAAAAUUAUUCCAUUCUUCCAGCAGAGCUGGAUGUUCACACAAAGCAUACAGAAUAGAGUGUAAUAAUUCAAGUAUAUGAAUACACUGAUUGAAAGCAAAUCAAGAUCUGCACACCACAAAUACCCAGUUGCAUUUACAAAUGAUGGUGCAGGGAAUGCAAAAUAAGCACAGGCUGCACACACUGGGUGUGCCAGGGCAGUUCAUCCCAGAGCUGUGCUGAAUGCCAUUCUCCAGGAGAAACAUUGCCAAACUUGUACUUGCACAAGAGUAAAGUUACUUUUUAAAUCAAAAAGACAAUAUUUUAUUACCUUUAGUGUGGUGAAAUUGAGAUGUUUGUUGUUCCCAGACAGUAUUCGCAAAUAGUAAGUCUGUAAAAGAAACUAAUAAAAUGCUCAUGAGGUUCUGCUUU